AUGCCCGGCGUACCUCUUGUCCGUGAAUCUGCUUACUCCAGAACUGCAGAUCACAUGUGCCGUGAGGACACCUGUGCGCAUUUGUCUCUGGAAGAGCAAAUUGCAGCUGAGGAGAGCCUGUCAAUAUAUUGCAAACCAGUUGAGCUAUACAAUAUUCUUCAGCGCCGUGCAGUUAGAAAUCCAUCCUUUCUACAAAGAUCUUUGCGGUACAAAAUACAAGCAAAGCACAAAAAGAGGAUAAAAGUUACAAUUUCUCUACCCACAGCUGUAAAUGAUGGAUUUCAAGUUCAAAGCCUUUUUCCCCUGUGUAUAUUGUUAGCAAGGCCAGUUUAUUGCCCAGCAGUUGCUGAGCUCUCUGAAGUUUAUCGUUUUAAUCGAGCGUGUAUAUUAAAGACCUCCACUGGAGCUCAAGGGGCAAAUCAAGAUCAAGGAACAUUUAUUCUCCCUGAGAUUAAUAAGCUAUCAGCAGAAGUCAAGCCUGGCUCUCUUUCCAUCUUGUUUGUCAGCUGCUCCGAAUUUUUCAAGGACCAGAUGGACAUGUCAUCAUUGCCAGACAAUGUCGGAGGGCACUGCUUCCUGGGCAAGAUACCGAUGGAGCUACUUCACUUAUCAUGGGAGAAGUCUCCCGACUUGAGUGCGGGGGAGAGAGCUGAGAUGCUGUCAACAGUUGACUUGCACUCCUACUUCAUGACGACAAGCUUUUUGGGAGAAGACAAAUGCCUUUCAUUUCAGAUUCCUCAUGUCGCCGAAGGCCCGGCUAAGUUGCAGCGACUUCAAGUGAGCAUUGCAGCUGAAGAAGUUGGGGCUAAAGAGAGAUCUUCUUAUGAUUCAUUUUCAUAUAGUGACAUUUCUACCUCUUCAUUGCCUCAGAUCAUUAGGUUGAGGACGGGAAAUGUUGUUUUCAACUACAGAUACUAUAACAAUAAGUUGCAGAAGACUGAAGUGACAGAGGACUUUACAUGUCCUUUUUGUUUGGUGAAAUGUGCAAGCUUUAAGGGUCUAAGAUGUCAUUUAUCCUCCUCUCAUGACCUCUUCAACUUUGAAUUUUGGGUAACUGAAGAAUUUCAAGCUGUAAAUGUUUCUGUGAGAACUGACAUAUGGAGACCUGAGAUAGUUGCAGCUGGUGUUGAUCCUCAGCAACAGAUAUUUUUCUUUUGUUCUAAGCCACUAAGACGUACUAAAUUGAAGUGCCUAGUUCAAAGUUCGAAGCAUGUGCAUCCCUUAGUCUUGGAUUCAGAAUUGCCGGGAUCAAUCAAUCAGCUUCGAGACAAACCUGAUGAGAGCUUGGAACAUGAUGCAUCCACUCUCAAAGUAUCAACUUUGAUAGCUCAGUCUUAUACAGAGCCUGAAGGUCUCCAAUCAUCAUUACCUGGAAGCAGCCUCACACCUCCUGCUAUACUACAGUUUGCCAAGACGAGGAAGUUAUCAGUUGAACGCUCUGACCCCAGAAACCGUGCACUAUUGCAGAAGCGGCAGUUCUUUCACUCUCACAGAGCUCAGCCUAUGGCCAUGGAGCAAGUCCUAUCAGAUCGUGACAGUGAAGAUGAAGUUGAUGAUGAUGUUGCUGAUUUGGAAGAUCAAAGGAUGCUCGAUGACUUUGUUGAUGUUUCAGAAGACGAAAAGAAAUUGAUGCAUCUCUGGAAUUCAUUUGUUAGAAAGCAAAGAGUGAUAGCAGAUGGUCAUAUUCCAUGGGCAUGCGAGGCGUUUUCUAACUUGCAUGGACGGGAUCUUGUUAGGGCACCAGCUUUACUAUGGUGUUGGAGAUUACACAUGAUCAAACUGUGGAAUCAUGGUCUCCUUGAUGCGCGCACCAUGAACAGUUGUAAUACCAUUCUUGAGCAGUUUGAAAACCGAGAUGUGGAUCCUUGA